AUGAAACGGAUAUCCAAGUUAUUUCAACCUUCUCUCAUCAUCCCAAAGAACGCCGUCGUAAAAAAUCAGGAUAUUACUUCCAAAAGUCAACGGCUGAUGCUGGAAAACGGCCUCAUUCGGCAGGCCGGAAACGGUACGUUUCAUUUGCUACCUCUGCUACAGCGAUCACUGCAGAAAGCAGUAAAUCUGAUAGAUCAUCACAUGGAGAUGGUGGGAGCUCAAAAGUUAACACUUCCCUUGCUUACUUCCGCGGAAUUGUGGAAAAAAAGUGGUCGAAUCGGAGAAGAUAGUACACGUGGUGGCACAGCAACUGAACUUCUACAGACGACAGAUCGCCAUGGCAAGGUUCAAAUUUUGGGUCCGACACACGAGGAAUCUGUAACAUCACUCUUAGCUGCUAUCGCCCCCGUUAGCUAUCGUCAGUUCCCGCUUCGAUUGUACCAAAUAUCCACAAAAUUUCGAGACGAAAUGAAGCCUCGUUUUGGGCUGAUGCGUGCAAAAGAGUUUCUAAUGAAGGACCUCUACACAUUCGAUGUCGACAUCGGCAAGUGUCGAGAAACAUAUGAAGAAGUGAAUGAAGCCUACAACAGACUCUUCAGUGCAUUGGAAGUUCCGUUUAUCAAGGUUUCUGGAGAUUGUGGCACCAUGGGAGGUUCGCUAUCGCAUGAAUAUCACUUUCUUAGUGAUGUUGGAGAAGAUGCGCUAGUCAGAUGUUCCCGGUGUGGUAUCCACUCUAACGAAGAGCUUUUUCAAACAUUAAGCAAACAGUGUAAAAUUUGCACCGGUAUCGAGACAUACGAUCGACAAACAGGAAUCGAAAUAGCACAUGCAUUUGUUCUGGAAGAUAGAUACACGAAAGUGCUAGCUGCGACAUGUCUUCAGCCGAACGGAAAACCCACUUCUUUACAGAUGGGUUGCUUUGGUAUCGGCGUAACUCGUCUGAUCGCAGCAUCAAUAGAGGUGCUAUCGAGCAAUAAGGAAAUUCGCUGGCCGUCCGCUCUAGCCCCAUAUCGAGUGUGUAUAGUUUCGCCAAAGGCUGGUAGCAAAGAAGAACCCCUAUCGCUUCCGUGGGUUGAAAGACUAUACCACGAUUUGCAGACGGUAAAAGGGUGCGAAGGAGAAGUUAUCGUAGACGACAGAUCACAGCUGACCAUCGGAAAGCGUGUUUUAGACGCCCGAAAAAUAGGCUAUCCUGUUAUCGUGGUUGUUGGGUCAAAAUCUGUACAUGGGGAUGCUUUUGAGCUUCACAAUCUUUUCGCAGGAACAGAACAGAAUCUGUCCUAUAACGAUACGUUAAGUACGAUAGCUACGAUUCUGUCGAAACAAAACUCUAUGCAACAUAAAACACAAAGUUACGAAAAAACUGCACUCGUGAAUGAAAACUGACAUGGUUGAAUGUGAUUUCUUUAUUCGACAAACUGUUGUAGCAGUCCACUGACCCUGGUAAGAAAGUAGGCCUUUACAAUAAACGCCAAAAUUACUAUCAAGCACGA